AUGAAUGGCAGCGAUGAUGUAACUUUUGGAAAUGAUAUGUUAACUUGUCUAAUUAAUAUAAAUACUGAAAGAGAUUUAGAAAGAAAGAAUAUCAGUGAAGAUGACGAACUUUAUAAUGGAUAUGCAAGGCCAAUGACUGAUGAAGAAAUCAGUGAAAUCGUAUUGGAAGUAUUUGUUGCAAACCAAGACACUACACCAACAUCACUUUCUUUUAUAAUUUAUCAUUUAUGUAAAUAUCCGGAAUAUAAAACUCGUCUAAUCAAUGAAAUUUUAUCGGCUUUUCCUCCAGACUCAACCAGCAUAGAUUCCAUUAAUUAUGAAAAUCUCGAAAAAUUAAAAUUUCUUGAAGCGUUUAUUCAUGAAGUCGCGAGAAUAAGUCCUGCAAUACCUGCCUUGAUGCGUACAUCCACUAACAAGGAUACAAUAAAUGGAUACGAAUUUCCUGGUCACACAGCAUUCUAUACUUAUUAUCACGAUGGUAAUCCAAUGCUUCGAGAUGGACCAACUGGUGAUUGGAUAGGAACAUUCAUGGGUCAUAAAGGUGCUGUCUGGAGUGCUAAAUUAAGUAAAGACGCUUCAAGAGCUGUGACAGCUUCUGCAGAUUUUACCGCUAAAGUUUGGGAUACAUAUACCGGGGAUGUUUUAUUUUCUUUUACUCAUGGGCAUAUUGUACGCUCAGCUGACAUUUCUGAUGAUGGUACACGCAUUGUAUCAGGUGGACAAGAAAAGAAGUUAAGAUUAUACGAUCUUAAUAAACCUGAUGAAGUAAUUGUUGAAAUAGAGGGACAUGAGUCAACUAUUAAAAGUGUUAUUGUAGAUGGCGAAAGAAAUGUGGUGCUGAGUGCUGGAGAUGACAAAGAAAUUCGUUUAGCAAAUUCAUUUAAAACAGAACAUCCUAUCACCAGUAUGGAGCUAUCAGCCGAUGGAAAAUAUAUCACUUGUACAGCUGGAAAAAUUGUCUAUUUUCUUGAUGCCGCAACUUAUCGAGUUGCAAAAUCAAUUGCAACGGCCUAUGAUGUUUCUUCAGUAUCUUUACAUCCCGAUCAUAAAAGAUUUGUUGCAGGUGGUAGUAAUGAUUUAUGGGUGAGAAUUUAUGAUUUUGAAAGUGGUAAAGAACUUGAGGUGUAUAAGGGUCAUCAUGGUCCAAUUCACACAGUAAGCUAUAGUCCUGACGGAGAAAUUUAUGCUACAGGUUCAGAGGAUGGAACUAUAAGAUUGUGGCAGACAACACCAGGCAAAAGUUAUGGUCUUUGGCAAAACAAAGCAUCAAAAGAUGAAAAAGAAAAUGAUGUUAAUGGAAUACCAACAGAUUAA